GUAGCCUGAGAGAGAGAGCAGGGGAAAGAAGAUGAAAUAUAAAACGGAAGAUGAUGAAUCCUUAUAGCGGUCUAAUAGCCAUGUUUUACAUGGAGUUUUAGAGACAUUUUAAUGCAGUUAUAGUCUGGAUAUAAGAACAAUGAAGCUAAAUACCAGUUGUUAAAUAGACACGAUGAGCAGACACAAUGAGCUCGAGCACCAGUACCACAUACCAAACUUAAAUCAUACAGGGUUUGUGCUCAGGGAUGUCAGGGCAGGGAGCCAAGAAGAGGCAGAGAUGAAGAAGAUCAUAGCCAACAGCAGACUCUUUCCUGACUCAACUGCAUCCUUAGACAAGUAUGAGCUCAAGAGAGUUCAGACUGUGCAUAAUACCCAUCUGGCUGAAAGGUUUGCUGAGAAAAAAGCUGAAAUGAAAGACCAGGGUUGUUCACCCAAGGAGUUAGAAGAACACUUCUUGUUCUCUCUUGCAAACAGCUCUGGGAAGGCCUUCUCCAUUAGCAAGAUGGGACUCCGUUGUCAUGUAAGGGGAAAGUUAGGCAGCCAGAUUGGUAAUGACUUAAAAGGAGUAUACAUCCAGAAGUAUUCAGAUGUGCUCUUUGAACAUGCUGACUGGGACACCUUCUAUGGUCCUGAUAUCUGGGUCAUGGUUUACAAGGUUAUAUAUGGUAGGGUGAAGUAUGUGCCAGAAAGGAGAAGUGACUUGAUGAUGAAGAAGGUCAUACCUUUCACACCUGCUCUAGACCCAACCCCUAACCAUGAUUGCCACAUGGUACUGCCCUCAGCCACCUCUCCCAGACCUUGGCAGCACAAGUCAAAUGAUGUCAGUGGAAUGGUAUAUCUCUAUGAGUACGAUGAUGACUGCCAACACGUUGUAAUUCCACGCCAGGUUCUGCCUAGUUACAUCCUGAUGUACACUAAAACUAACAACAAUGACAAUAAUAACUCAUCAGCAUUUGAUAAACCACCUGUAUUAUACGAGUCGCCAAAGAAGCCACGUGGUCCCCAUACACCACCAAAUACUCCCCCUAAUUCAUCCCAGGCUGCACAGAUCAUGAGAAAGCGUAAUAGUGAUGCUGAAAACAUUAACUCCAAUUCAAAACGUCAAAAAUUAUCCAUGUCCCUUUCGGCGAAGUUUGGUGCUGUUAGGCAGGUCACAAACCAAUCUGAAGGGCCUAAAAUAAUUAAUAAUAAUAAUGAACCUCAGGUGAAGUGUACUAAAGGGACUUAUGGGGAAUACCUUCAGUCAAAAGCUCAAAGGGAGGCACUUUUGUCUCGGAAUGAGA